ACUUGUUCUCCCCACUGUAUAUCUUCGACACGCUGGUUUCAUGGCACUUAAAAUACCAAAAUGUAUUUUAGCAGGCUUGUAACAACUGUGUGGGACACUCGCUAGAUCGCUAAUUAGUAGCUUGAAUCAAACUGCGUGUAGCCUAGGCAAGAAACUGUGACGGUGAAAAACAACUCGUAACUGCAGCCUAAAGUUAUAUUGACCAUGACACGUAACCAGCUGCAAGGCCUGUCAUUAGGACAAUACAAAUACAUGUUAACUGAAAACAGGUGAGUUCGUUGCAUUAUUUAUCUGCAUGCAACUUGCACUGUCUGGCAUGUAUCUUAGAUUCUAAUGUGUUUGUCUUUCAACCCCUUUUAUAAGGAAACGCCAGCAAAGUGGCGCGGAAGAGGAGAAUGGCCAGCUGGUGCCUAAGGCCAAAAGGUCGAGCAGAGGAGCUAACCCCCUCUCCCCUGAGCUGGGCCGGGACGCCUGGGACUCGGAGGUACAUACGAGCACCAAUGACAAGAGACAUUACAUUUUCAAUAUCAUGUGAACCACCCUCUCUGUCCCCACCUAGUGUCAGCCUACUCUUAGGCAUAAGUUCCCUUCCUGUACUUUCACUAACAGUGCCAUUGGGCCUACUGCUGUUACACUUGAGACGUGUUGCUAAAAUGGAAACGAUAGUCAGUCAGCUCUGUCUCUGCUAAUGCUUGAAUGCCACCAUCUCCUCAUCCAGUUGUCCAACAGUGAGAGCAGUGGGAUCAGCAGUCCGGACCAUGCGGUGGGGAGCAGCAGCAGUAGCCAGUGUGCCGUGGACAGCCUCAGUGGGGCCCAACCCUACGCCCCUGGCCCAUGCAGUCCCCUCAGCUCAGCUCUCUCCUCAGAGCUAGCUGACCCCACUAACCUGGUCUCGUACCACCAAAUCAACCGCAUCCUGCGAGAGGCUCACUUUGAGAGUCUGCAGUGCCGAGGCCACCCCAGAGACACAUGAUGAUUCCCCCCAUUCCAGCCAUGCUUCUCUGGGGCAGGAGAGGACCGACCACAACCUGGGCAUGCCCAGAGCAUUACAUGGUGGAUCACUCACUCAGCAGUACUAUCCCUCUACAUCUCCAGUUUCCAUAACAUCGCAGCAGCUCUAUGCUAUCUGCAUAUCGUUGGAUGGAGACUAGCUAGUCCCAGCCUGCUGUAGUAUUGAAACUUGGCUAACCAUUUAGAAUGUAAAAAGAAACCUGUUCAUAUUGUUGGCAAUAAUAACUGUUUGAUCCCAUUGGGAAUAUCCUGACCUGUGACUCUCUUUGUUGUUCUGGACCAGUCUGGGUUACGUGCUGCAUAGUACCAGUCUGGGUUACGUGCUGCAUAGU